AUGGCGCAAGAAGGACCUAGCAAUUCAAUCUGGAGUCUACCAUGGCUCAUUUGGAUUGUAGUAAUCUUUGGUUCAAUCUCCUCCGCUGGAUUUGGAUUCGAUCAAGGAUGGUGGUCAGCUCUCAUGAGCUCUUCUCAGUUCGUUCAAAGUUUCGGAUAUCUCGAUCCUGUCACGAAUGAAUGGUCCCUUACCUCCCACCAGCAGUCUUUGGGAACUGGACUGGGCUACGUGGGAGUAAUAAUCGGAGUCUUCUUGGGCUCGCCAAUCAAUGAACGUCUGGGAAGAAAGAAUUCCCUGUGGAUUCAAAGUGCUGUGGUCACGAUUGGCAUUAUCAUCGAGUCAACUUCGCGAAGGAGCUACGCUCAAUUCAUCAUUGGAAAACUCCUUGUAUACCUGGGCGGUGGUAUCGCCACCAGCGUUAUUCCAGCCUACCAAGCAGAGUGUGCCCCGAAGGCCAUGCGUGGCUUGAUGUCCGGCACAUACAACGCUUUUCUCAUGGUGGGCGGCUUCUUUGCCACGCUCAUUGUGUAUCUCUGUCAAAACAUCCCCAGCGACUGGGCCUGGCGGGUAGUGGUUGUUACUCAAAUUGCCAUCCCGGCCGCUAGCUGGGUUAGUCUACCCUUCCUGCCGGAGUCUCCCUACUGGCUUGUCUCUCGUGGACGAUUAGACGAAGCGGUGGCUUCCCUUCGUCGUCUGCGUGGAAUUGCCUUCGAAGCAGAGGCUGAGGUUGUGAACAUGCAACAACGGUUGGAAGAGCAGCAUGAGCGACAGGCAAGCGCAACAUGGGCCAUCUGCUUUACAGAUCCUGUCAACCGGCGUCGUACGAUCAUCUCUAUGGGCGCUCAGAUCUUUGCACAGGCGCAAGGCAUCUCAUUUGUCGCCAAUUAUCAGGCCGUCUUCCUCCAGCUGAUUGGGUUCAAGGAAGUACUCUUGAUGGCUGUGGUGGUUUAUGUUAUCGGUGUUGCGGCAAACAUGGUCUCAAUGACCACCGUCGACAUCGUUGGCCGGCGAAGUGUGCUGCUGUGCUCGUCUCUGUUGCUGGGAGCCUGUAUGAUAACCAUCGGUGGACUGACAGCAAACGGACCCGACAGCAUGUCAUAUGAAAUGCAGGUUGCAGCGGUCGUGAUGCUGAUGUUGUGGUUUUUCUGUUUCCAGGUUACCUGGGGACCAUUGUCUUGGGUACUGACAGCCGAAGUACCGCCCAGUCAAGUCAGAGAAAAGACAGUAGCGUUGUGUGGAAUGUCAGCCUACCUCACUGGGUUAGUCAUCGUCUUCGUGAAUCCUUUCACUCAGGCAGACAUUGGUGGACAGGUUGCAUUUAUCUAUGGGGGCCUUUCUAUUUUGGCAUUUUUGUUUGCUUGGUUCUUUGUGCCAGAGCUGAAACAGCGCUCGCUAGAGCAGAUUGAUGAGAUGUUCCAAGACAAGGUGCCGACACGAGCAUUCAAAUCUCAUGUUUGCAGGGUAUCUGCGGAGGAUGAUAUUGGCAAAGAGGAGAAGGAAGAGUUUGUGGAAAGUGUCUAG